CCCGGCAGACGAGAGGCUCUUAUGUCAGCCGGAGGGAGAGGGAGUUAUCAGCAACAACAACACCCUCACACCCACCUCACGUCCCUCACGGCUGGUUUAUGAGAUGGCAGAGGUGGAGGAAAAAGCCAGCAGCACUAGCGAGAGGCUGCGAGAAGAAUACAGACGUCACGUGCAGUCGCAGAUUUCACAUGACUUGGUUGACACCAUCUCUAUGCUGGAGCAGCACCAGGUAGAACUGUUGCAACUCUGCGACCAGCUCAAACAGGCCAAGAAACAAGUAACAGAUAGUGCUUCUGAUACAAAGGCCACAAUUAAUGCUGUGUUUGAGGAAUUCAUCGCAGCUGUCAAUGAAACAGUCAAUGAUCGACGCCAGAAGCUUCUGGGCGAGGUGCAGCAAAUGGAGGAUGAAGCUCUCGGGCCUCUGGAUCAGUGUGAGCGCAUACUAGAGUCUCGGGUCAGAGAGGCAGCGGAACGAUUAGAACAAGGGAAGAGGCUGGAGAAGCAUGGAGGUGUCAUGGCAAAGGAUACUGUCAUGAGAUUCCAGGAAGAAGCUGGAGCCAUGACGAACUUGCCUGAGGUCCCAGUACUGUGUGCGGUGCCAUGCAUCAGUGUAGAGUUCCCUACCGACCCAACCCUCAUAGAAGAAGUGCGAGAGGUGAUUGAGCAGGCAGGGAACGUGUCAAGGAUGGGACCAGUGCAGAUAACGAACAUAGUAGAAAGGCCUGGGGCAUUACUAGUCACUUGGGAAGAGGUUGAUGAAGAUGUCUCUGAUGAUGGAUUGGAGUUUUGCCUUCAGUGCAGUAAUACAGGAGCCACUGAUCCACACACUGCUCUGUUCCACACAAAGUACAGAGGACCAGAUUACUCCUUCCUCCUCCGGGACCUUAAAUCGGGGGAGUCCUAUCUAUUGCGUGUGGCAUCCCGUCGUGAGGGGUCUCGUAGUUUUGGCCCGUGGAGUCUUACACAGUCUGCUGUAACUACUAUUCCUCAUUUUAGGUGGCAAGAGGAUGGUUGCUCUGGUUGGAGCAUGGCAGAUGAAGGGAGACUGGCCACCAAAGUGACAAGUGACCUGGAAGUCUUGCAUUCAAAGGGGCCUCUUAUUACACCUGGUACCUCAGUUUUGUUCAAGGUAGUGAGCGGAGGUGUAGGUUGUAGUGAUGAGGGCUUGGGCCUGUGUUGUCGACCCGUCACUGGGCCUGAGCAGCUCCUUCUACCUGGAACCCUUUUCCUCAGUGCACAAGGAUGUGUUUUCCUGGAUGGAGUUAGUCGUGUGACACGGUUGCCAGCCAUACAAGAAGGCUCACAAGUUAGUUUUGCCGUUGAGAAAGUGUCUUCCACGAAAGUUAGAGUGUAUAUUGAAAGUCAGGAUAAACAGGUAACCUAUGAGUGGGCAGUGCCAGACGUACAGGAGGGCUUGUACUUCGUGGCAACGUUUGGAGAGCCGAAGUGGAGAAUAAGUGUCCAUUAACUGUCUGCAGGGAGUCUGCGUUGCAUAUCAGGACGGAUUUAUAAUUUCCAUUGGAUGCCUUGUAAUAUUUACUGCGAUUCAGUGUCAGUAUUCUUAGUGAGCAUUUCUAAAAGAUGUUAGGGAUGUCAUUCCCCCCUCCCUGCCCCCCCUCUUUUUUUUUUUUUUUUUAUUACAUUUCAGAAAUGUGUGUUUCUUCAUGCAUUAUGUUAACAUUAUUUAUUAUUCUUAUUUUGUGUUUUUUUUUAUUGCAAAUUGACUUUGCAAAAUUUACCAUUAUCCUUUACUUAUUCUCCCACAGAAGUAUGUAUCUACCUGUAUUUAAACCACUUGCUGCUUUGUAUGUCGUUUAGAUUUUAGGCGCAAUUGCAAGAAAAGGGAUGUUUCACUUUCCUAUAAAUAUAUUUUUCAUCUCUAAUGAUAAUCCAUUUAAAAUGGGAUAAGGAAUAUAUAUAUGU